CAGGGGUUCUGGUGGUGAUUGCUUUCAACUUUUAGAAAAAAUAAUAACUAAACGCAUGUUUUAUUCUAAAUCUAAGCCAUCUAAUUAAUAUAACUAUGGACGUAUUAGACUAUUAUGUUAAACUUUUCUAAUGAUGAACAUAGAGGUUUGUUGGAUAUUAAGAAGUUAUUGGACAAUGAAGUAGAAACUAGAAACACAUUAUCAAGUAAAAAAACAACAGUAUUAUUGAAGCUAUACCCUCAGCCUUGGAAGAAACUGCUUCUUUAAAGAAAAAAAUAUUUUAAAUUCCAUUUUCAAGUUUGGUAUAAUAAAAGAGGAACAAGAAGAGAACUAUGACGAAAUGACAGAGAAGACUGAGAACAUCCUUGUCAGAGUGAAAACAGAGCAACUUCAUAAUUUCCAAUACAAUGAUGUUAUUUCUAAGUUCAGUGAAGGUGAUGAUAAUGAUCUGGAUUAUCGAAAACAUGAUAUUAUGAGUGUGAAAAAGGAAAAUAAAGAACAAAAAGAAGAGUUACAGCAAAUUAACUGUGGGCUAGAAGCUACAAUGGAAACUGGAGAAACCAUUUCUUUAGAAGGAUCUUCACAUUUUAUUCGUGGGAAAGAGCAAGAGAAAAAUUCUGAUCAAGUGUCAGGAGAAAAUGAGAACAUGUUUGUCAGAGUGAAAACUGAACAGCCUGAUGAGUUACAACAAGAUGACAUUACUUCCCAGUUCAGUGAGAGUGAUGAUGAGAAUGUUCUAGACAUUGCAAAACAUGAUAUUACAAGUGUGACAAAAAAUGAAUUUCAAGAAGAGUUGCAACAUACUGAUUCUGUGUUGGAAGGUACAUCAGAUCCAACUUACAUGGCCAAAUGUUGUGACAAGCCAUUUCCAGGUUAUUGUACUUCAACACAAGAAGCUUCCUAUACAAAAAUUAAAAAUAGAGAACUUGAGAAGCAAAGUUUUAGUGAUGUGUUUAACAAAACAUUUUCAAGGGGAAAUAAACCAAGGACACAUGAUGUUUCCCAUAGUGUAAAUAAAACGUAUAGUUGUGUUAUGUGUGGCAAAGAAUUCCAUAAAAAAAGUGCUCUAAAACAGCAUGAAAAAAUACACACUGGUAAGAAACCAUACGGUUGUGUAGUGUGUGGUAAAAAAUUUGGAAGAAAUGGUGUCUUAAAAAUACAUAAGAGGAUACACACGAGGGAGAAACCAUACAGUUGUGAUAUGUGUGGCAAGGAAUUUUGUAGAAAUAGUGAUCUAAAAAUACAUUUGAGAAUACACACUGGGGAGAAACCAUUCAAAUGUGUUGGUUGUGACAAAGAAUUUGGAAGUAGUAGUGACCUAAAGAAACAUGAAAAGAUACACACUGGGGAAAAGCAACACAACUGUGUAGUAUGUGGAAAAGAAUUUGGAAGAAAUAGUGACCUCAAAAUACAUCAGAGGAUACAUACUGGGGAGAAACCAUACAGUUGUGUAGUGUGUGGCAAAGAAUUUGGAAGUAAUAGCAGCCUCAAAAAGCAUGAGAGGAUACACACUGAGAGAAAACAGUACUGUUGUGUAGUGUGUGGCAAAGAAUUUGGAAGAAGUAAUAACCUAAAAAUGCAUCAGAGGAUCCACAUUGGGGAGAAAUCAUAAUUUUGUUUAAUGUGCAACAAAGAAUUUUGAAGCAAUAGUGAUCUCAAAAGACAUGAGGGAACACACAGUGGAAAAAAACAUAUUUGUGAAAUAUAUACCAAGAAAUUUGGAAUUAAAAGUUACCUAAAAAGACAGAAAAUUUGCAAUGGAGAGAAACCCAAGAUUUUGAAAUUUUGAAUAAGAAGUUACAUAAAAAAGUAUCAAAAAACGCACCAGAGAAGAGGGAUAAAAUUCAAUUUUAGUAAGCAAAAACUUGAUAUUAUUGACAAGGAAUACAUGUUGAAUUAAAAUCUAGAUUUUUGAUGUCUGUUGUAAGAAACAUUUUUGCAAAAUUCAUAAUUAAAAUGUACACUGAGAAGAUUGAUAUUUCUGUAAUGAUAGUGACCGAGAAUUUUCAUUUUAAAUAUAUGAAGGAACACACAAGGGAGAUGUUUGGAACUAUUUUGGUUUUGGAUAAAGAGAAUUUACACAGUGUAGUGUAUGUCAAAGGAUUUUGAACUGAUAGUAACCUUAAAAGCACAUAAAAAAUUAAUAAGGGGAGGACAUAAAAUGAAGUAGUAUGUAGUAAAGAUAUUGAAAAGAAGUGUAAUGGUGAUCUAAACCACAAUAUUUUAUUCAUUAAAAAGGGAAGAUAUUACAGUAAUUUACAUAUGUGAUGUGAUGUAGAAUUCAUAUGCAGAGAAACAUGACAGUUAGAAUGGCUGAGUUGUGGAACUUUCAGGUGUCAGUCUAGAUAAGCCACCAAUCUGGGAAGCAGAUGACAAGCAACCUUAGUAACAAAAUUAUGUAAUAUGAUUUAGGAAAAUAUUCAAAUUACAUAAAACCCUAACUUGUAACACGUGUUGGGUGAAGUAAAAUCUGUGGAACUACCAGAUUUUUUUUUUACACUCAGUUUUCUGUAUAAUUCAAGAUUUGUGCAAAAUUUAAAACAAUAGUCUUUAGUCUUGAUGAUAAUUAUUUAUGGUAAUUCAAAUUCACAUAAUGCAUCAGUUUCUAAAUUAGGCUUUGGUGCCUUUUAAAAAGUAUUUUCCUCUGAAUCCUGUCUAACCAUUGUAUAAAAACAUCUCUGCACAUUAUCUUCAGAGUUGAUGUAUUAAGCAGCAUGUUAUUAGCUUCAAACAAUUUUUGUAUUAAAAAAGUUAUAUUAGUAAGAUGGACAAGUUACAAGUACAAGUGUCUGAUAAAAGAUAAUACUGUAUGUGAAAUGAAUACAUGUAGUUCUUUAAAAAAUAAUAAUAU